AUGGAUAUGGCCCCGAUGGGUGCCAGCCCGCUCGAGAGCUUGGCCGACCUACUGCCUUCCUACACUGCGUCGGUAUUCCUAGAGUGCAUGCUCUUUGGCGCCUACGCCGUGACGUUCUUCAUGGGGGCUUGGUCGCUUCUCCAUAUGAGCUACAUGGGCCGGCCGUCAAGGCGCGACCUCGUAAUCCUAGGUGUCAACGCGACGAUGUUCGCUCUUGCACUCUCGCAUGUUGUGCUGAGCAUCGUCGUUACGCAGUACGGCACCCUCGAGAGGGUCACGGAUGGGCUGUACAAGGCGUCCAACAUGACGAGCCAUCUGGGCGCAGCCCGCUUCUGUAUUUAUGUCACGCAAACGUUGAUUUGCGAUACGUUUAUGAUUUACCGUGCCUUCGUAAUAUGGGAGCGACAAUGGAAGAUCAUCGCACUCCCCCUAAUCCUUCUUAUCCUUGAUGCUAUUUCCGGCUACAUCAGCACGACCCCGAAAGGCGACAACCUCACCAUGAUGAUCCUCUUCCCAUGCGCCUCCUUUCUCACGAACUCCCUGUCCACAGGCAUGUCGCACGGCACCCUUCGGAUAUGGCUGUCCACUAACCACACGAGUCUCAAACAGCUCUCAUCAUUGGCGCGUUUCACGCUGUACCGCAGAGUCAUCACAGCCAUCGUUCAGUCCGCCGCGGUGUACUCCGUAGCGUCUAUCACCCUCCUGGUCACCGUUAGCGUGAGCCCCGACUCCGCCUAUGCUACGUGCCUCACGAUGUUCCCGCCCUUCAUCGGUUUGAUAUUCUCGCUCGUCGUCCUCCGCCUCGCGCGCCGAUCAUCUGCUAGCGACGCGCCCAGCGCCGCCGACUCGCGCCCACUGUGGCACGAGCGCGGGCGCAGCGCGGCGCUCCUCCCGAUCACGGCGGAGGGCGCGCGCGUGUCGAACUGCUUCCAGGCGCCCGCGAUACACCUCCCACCCCUGGCUGCAUACGGGGGCGGCGAGGCGCAGAACCCGGGCGCGCGCGUCCUCGUCAUCGAGAAAGGUUCGGACGAUGGAUGCGAGGGGUACAGCGUUAACGAGUCGCCGAGGUUGUCAGACACUGUACGCGGCACGAGCGCAGAGCGAUCCUUGGCGGGAUCAUUCGAGCGAACGGACACCAAGCACGAGUCUCUCUGA